CUGUUCUAGCGGUCGCUCUCAUUUCGGCAGAAAUAUUCACUCCUAACGAAUCCCAAGCAAUGGUGCUGGACCUUAUGUUUAGGCCUCUACAGGCUCCGACAGUGUCAAGCAUGGUUUGGCCAACCCUAUCUAUGGUCGUGGCAGUAUACGUUGCUCGCCUCAUCUACCACGCGUAUUUCUCACCUCUGGCAUCCAUCCCAGGGCCGUUUCUCAACAAGAUAUCCAAUCUACCGCUCAACUACCAGUUAAUCCGUGGACAAUUUCACACCUACUCAGUCAAACUGCACGCCAAGUACGGCGAGGUUGUGCGCAUCGGCUACGACCAUAUAUCUCUUUCAAGCACCUCGGAUACACGUAUGGUUCUUGCCACUCAUGCGUUUCGGAAGGGACGCAUGUAUAGGGAGAUCGGCGGCAACGGAUGUGAGCCCAGCAUGUUUACUACAACACUUCCAGAAGUGAACAAGGCUCGUCGGCGUAUGUUGGGGGAUGCGUUUGCGGCACACACGAUGCGCGCUGUUGAAGACUUGGUGGUGGACGCUGGUGCCAGCGCGCUUAUCACCGCAUGGGACAGCGAGAUUGCCAAGCAAGGACCAGUUGCCAGGGUUAACUACUACUACGCCUUUCACCGCAUGGCAGUAGACGUUAUUGGCGCAGUCGCUUUUGGCUCUAGCUUCAAUAUUCUGAAAACCAGGAACGCGGAUAUCAUCGACUGGCUGCACGAUACCGCGAUGAAGCUCAAGGAGUCACGCAGGAAAAUUGAACAGAUAACAUAUGACUCUAUCAUGACCCGCAAGAAAGUGGUCAGCGAAACUGGGCUGCCACCGCGCAUAGAUGUGCUGCAAAGGUGCAUCAAUGCUAAAGACCCCGAGACAGGCCAAGGGCUCACGCCACCCCAACUCGAGUCCGAAUUGAUUCUGAUGCUCGUGGCUGGUUCCGAUACCACAGGCAGCACCCUGACAUGGAUAGUGAUGAACUUGCUGCACAACCCAGAAUGCUACAAGCGCGUUACACACGAAAUCCGUUCGACAUUCCCCCACACUUCUCAAACGAUCUCGUAUGCCGAUGCCAAAACAAAGCUACCAUAUCUCUCGGCUGUCAUCUACGAAAGCAUGCGGAUUACCUCACCAUCUGCUACAAUGCUCACACGGAAUGUGCCGGCAGAGGGCAUUUGUCUGUCUUUUGGCGCCUGCCACCACAACCCUCGUCUGUGGAAGAACCCUGGUGUGUUUGACCCCGAGCGCUUCCUUGGCCCAGAUUCAACCAAGAGGAUCAGUGACGUUCUUACGUUCAGCACUGGUGUUCGCGUCUGCAUUGGACGAAACCUGGCAAUGCUAGAUAUCUUCACAGCGCUUGCCAAUAUUCUACGCCGGUAUGAUUUCAAGCUGCCCGAUGAUGCCCCGUACGGUCCUCACAGACUGAGCCCUAGCGGCAUACCAGUUGAGGUGCCUGGGUUGUCUUAUCUCGUUACCGGACCAGUAAACCCCAAGAAUAAUUGCUGGGUCAACAUUUCUCUGGCCUGAUAUAGCUACUUUUUAUCACUAAACUUUCCAGAUCCAACAUGCCUGGGGCCAUGAGGCUUGGG